UUGAUCCUCUUGUAGUAAUUAAUAUUCAUAUUUUCAGCCAGUUGCCAGCUAUCCGGAUCCAUUCUUCGGUGGCGAUCACAAGCUCGUUCUAUGCGAAACAUUGGAUGCCCAUAAGAAACCAACAAAAACAAAUCAUCGAAGUGCAUGUGCAGAAGUUAUGAAAAAGAUCGAUCAUAUGAAUCCAUGGUUUGGGAUGGAACAAGAAUAUCUACUGCUCGAUAGGGACGGAUAUCCCCUUGGUUGGCCGAAACAUGGUUACCCAGCUCCACAAGGGCCGUAUUACUGUGGUGUCGGAGCGAAUAAGGUGUUCGGUAGGGAAGUGGUGAAUGCCCAUUAUCGUGCAUGUCUCCAUGCUGGAUUACGGAUCUUCGGAAUCAAUGCAGAAGUGACCCCAGGUCAAUGGGAAUUCCAACUGGGUACGUGUGAAGGUAUCUCUAUGGGCGAUGAACUAUGGAUGGCUCGCUACCUUUUGCAUCGUGUUGCUGAACAAUUCGGAGUUUCCGUGACGUUCCAUCCUAAACCUGCGGUGACGAUGGGUGACUGGAAUGGAGCUGGCUGUCACUGCAACUUCUCAACCGAUGAAAUGCGUGCUGAAGGAGGAAUGAAAGUAAUUGAAGCUGCAAUGCCGAAGCUCGCAGCCACACAUAAGGAAGCCAUCAGCGUUUACGAUCCUCAUGGAGGAGAAGACAACAAACAUAGGCUAACGGGAAGACACGAGACAAGUUCCGCAGAAAAGUUCACGUGGGGAGUUGCUAACAGAGCCGCAUCGGUUAGGAUUCCAAGAGGUGUUGCACAGGAAGGCAAGGGCUAUUUGGAAGAUAGGCGUCCGUCAUCAAAUUGUGACCCAUAUCAAGCCACAUACAUCUGGAUCGAUGGUACUGGAGAAAACCUGCGGGACAAGCAGCGUACUCUCGACAAAGACCCAGGCGCAGUAGAGAACUAUCCUCACUGGAGUUUCGAUGGAUCAUCUACGUACCAAGCAGAAAAGGGAGAAGACUCCGAUAUGAUCCUGGUGAAGAGCAUAAACGUUGUUCAGCCGGUUGCCCUCUAUCCAGAUCCAUUUUGUGGAGGUCAUCACAAGCUUGUUCUAUGCGAAGUUCUCGAUGCUCAUAGAAAACCUGCAAAAACAAACCAUCGCCAUGCAUGCAAAGCGGUUAUGGACAAGAUCAUGCAUACAAACCCACUUUUCGGUAUGGAACAGGAAUAUCUUCUGCUAGACCGAGAUGACCAUCCGCUCGGCUGGCCUAAGCAUGGAUUCCCUCGACCCCAAGGGCCGUACUACUGUGCGAUAGGAGCUGAUCGAACAUUUGGCCGUGAAAUAAUCACUACACACUAUCGUGCGUCACUUUACGCUGGCCUAGAGUUGUUUGGAACAAAUGCGGAAGUGACCCCCGGACAAUGGGAAUUCCAAUUGGGACAGUGCAAGGGUAUCGAUAUGGGUGAUCAGCUAUGGAUGGCUCGGUACCUUCUGCAGCGUGUAGCCGAACAGUUCGGAGUGACUGUGACGUUCCAUCCCAAACCUGCGAUAACCAGAGGGAAUUGGAACGGUGCCGGAUGUCACUGCAACUUCUCAACCGACGACAUGCGCGCUGAAGGAGGGCUCAAGGUCAUUGAAGCUGCUAUGCCAAAGCUCGAAGCUACCCACAAAGAGUGUAUUCGUGUGUAUGAUCCUCACGAUGGAGAAGACAACAAACACAGGUUGACAGGGAAACAUGAGACUAGUUCGGCUGAGUUCUUCUCUUGGGGUGUGGCCAAUCGUGCAGUAUCCGUUCGCAUUCCGAGAGGAGUGGCUCUUGCGAAGAAGGGUUACUUGGAGGAUCGUCGUCCGUCGUCAAACUGUGACCCGUAUCAAGUAACAAGGAUGAUCGCGGAGAGCAUUCUUCUUCGUUGA